GCUGCAAUAGUCAACAACGUCAACGCAAAUAAGUCGUCGAGCGGUAACGGGGUAGACUCAAAAACUUCAACAACAACGGGCGGCGGUUCAAAUAGUGAAGACGAAGAGGAUUUGCGUGCUGUGACAUCGUCGGCUAGUUGUGCAAUAGGAACAAGAAAACUGAAUUCCUCGUCGUCAAAAUUGCCGCAUGGAGCAGGACUACUACAUGGCAAAACCAAAAGAGCUUUUUUAGGUCGUAAAAUCGCCUUUUUUAGUUCCGCUGGGGCUGGAUCAGAAGAAGAACCUAGAUAUGCGAUGGAUGACGAGGAGCUUAAAGAGCAUAUUUACCCCUAUGACCACGAUCUUCUAGACGACGAUGACUCGACAGCUUCCUCAGAUGGAGCAGCUUCUAAGGAGGGACAUCAAGAUGUAGAUGGUGGCAUGACUAGAGUGGAUGAUGAAGAAAACUUCCUGGCGCCAGCCCAAGACCUGCUGAUGCGACAUCUUGAUCCAUCUUCUCAGUCGCAUACAGCGUUAGCAGACUGCGGUGGCCCGCCUUUGCUACUAGAUGAGCAGUAUGGUGAUCAUGUGAAUGUUGCCUGCAGUGACUUUUCCCAAUUGCAGACUGGAUUUAUGAUGCCACAACAGCAAAAGGUGGCUACGAAGGCUACAACGUCAACCAGUGCGAAGAUUGAAAAAGUCAACAACUGGGACAUCGAUGAUCCGGGCAUUAUGUUAAGGGGCAGAUUUUUUAGUCGGAACAGUAACAAGGUGUCGCUGUGAGUGCUUUUAGAAGCACAAGCAUCAUUUUUUAGGACUUAGAAUUUGAAUUAGAAGAAGAUCUACAAAGAACUACUUACGACAUUUUUUUUGAGGAAUGAUGAAAAUGUAACGCGAAGAGGAAGAAGACCCACCAGCGCAUACAGAUUGGAAGCUUUUUUAUUAGGUCUUGCGCUAAGAAUCAGUAUGCUUGAACCACCUCCAGGCGGUGGGCCGGGCUACGUCCCGGAUGCUACUCCUACUGGUACUGGAUCUCUGAUCCCAUCUUUACAUCCGUUCGAUGAUCCGUCUCGCAUGAUUAGUGCAGAACGCAAAAACCUCUGCACGCAGGCAGGAGACUUGCAAUACCUCCAAGGCAAUUUGCUGAGCUCUCUAGCCACGUUACGACAUGCUUGUCAGAGAUUUGGAGGAGGAGUUGGACUCGUUGCGUCGGCAUUAGAACAAGAAUAUGCCAAUGCAGAAGCUGCUCUGAGGAGAAGGGAGAUUAGGAUUUUAGAGACUUUGAGGAGAAGUAGAAGGAGAGUGUCAUCAAUGGAGAAUUUUGCCGAGGUGGAUGGGGGUGGAGGAAGUGUUGAGCAUGCAGGUGGUGCAGCGCGAACACGGACUAGUCAACUACACCAACAUCAGAGGAACUACACCAAGAACAAUUUGUCUUUCAGUACAGGCCGCAUACCAGGAGUUGUAAAACAUGAACAAGACCACUGUGAUAGUUCUUCUUCAUCCUCCAGGAAGGAUACUCUACCUGCACCUGCACCUCCUGACGAAAUCACUCAGCACAACGGAGGCAGAGGUUGGGGCCUCACUAGUGUAGCUUCGAUGUCCCACGUGAGGCUAGCACCAGGAACUCCAGACCCACUUGUGGACCUAGGACGAUCUCCAACACCUGAGCCCCUCGUUCAUCUAGAACCCCCAUCACGAUCACCGCAGGCGCAGCCAGAUCCUUUUUUGGAGGAAUUUAGACUAGCUCAAAUCACAUCUGACGCACUCUAUGACUUGUGGUCACAAUUCUGCGAAGACAUUAUGAACCGCGUGAAUCCUAUUCACGACAACCUGUCGCAAGUGCAGGCAUCUUCGAUAGCCAAGUACUGGGCAAAGUUGAUUUUCCGAGAAGAAUUGGAUGCCGAAGAGCUUUGGCUGCCAAGAGGAACAGCACCUUUGUUAAGAGACAUCAAUAUUGUUGUGAUCAUUCACUGUGCUCCUAAAAUAGAAAUUGAAAUUCAUCAUUCUUCUAAUCUUCGACUUCGAGCGUGCAGCCGCAGAGAUUCGAGACGCACUAGCGCAGAGACAAGCGGCUGCGCCUCGCGAGUUCCAAGUUGAGGAUUUGUCACUUUUUUCUGUAGGAAACCCUCUAGUCUUCGAACAAACUUACCACAGCUCUGGCAUUGCGACUGCUUCCGGUGCUAGAGUUAAGGCUACCGCUGAAGCAUCCUCAGCAUUAUCCGUGGCCUCUCUUUCAAGGGGAAGACGGUCCCAGGGAUGCUUUCAGAGAUGCGAACGCGGUAGCUCUAAUGCUAGAGGGCCCUUCCUCCAACAUGUCGAAGAUGAGGGGCAAGAAGAGCAAGAGGUCACGACCGUUAGCGCAGCCACAGGCUCAGCAGUUCAUCUAGAUACGGAAUUGAUAGAGGCAGAAGUGAUUGGCGCAACCGGAGGAGGUAGAAGAGACGAACUACUUAUCGGAGGUGAGCAUUCUCAACAGUGUCUGGCUUUGACUCCUCAGAGCUUACUUUCAGCGCAAGACCACCACAGCUACACGGGUUCAGGAGGUUCUACUUCAUCUAGCCCCAGCAAGCAAAAGAACACUUCUGUUGCACAACGUUCUCCGACAGGAAACUUUCUUGGGAGUGUCUUAGCACCAACUGCUUACAACGUCAAUCUCAAUGUUGUUAAUGGAUCUGGAGGUCAUCUCAAUAAUUUGACAAGCGCUUCUGCGGAAGAAGGUUGUGCUGGCAACGCGUCAUCACUAGUGCUUACUCCAGUUGCUGCUACGGGGAACAAAUCUUUGUCGAUAUCAGGGGGAUUGCAAUGUUAUGUCUAUUUUCACGCUUGCUGUCCGUGUUGUCUUCUAGUGCCCACAAAUUCUCCUCGUCUACUUAUGUUAUUUGAUGCGUAUCUAUUGAUAUCACUUUAUAGUUCGAGUGAUUGUCUUGAACCUGGUGCUGCUGCUCCUGCUCUAACCCCCUUCAACCGGAACAACACACGCUCCUGGUUCGCCACUAGGUUCUCCAUCCCUGAACAUGGAACGGAGCACGCCUUCCGUGAAAAACAACCUCCGUGGUGGCGGUGGAAGCCAUCUCGCCGCUGCUGCUCUUCUCAGCGCCGCUUCUGGAAGAUCUCCGACCUCCUCUGGUGAUGCCUUGCGGCAACACGUUCUUGUAGAAGACGAACAGCUUCUAGUACAACAAGGUCGUGUAGAAGAAGAACACCUGCAAAGCGGAAGUGCUGUUGUGCAAGUUGUACUAGAAAAAUCCUCAGGAGCAUCAGGAUCCGGAGGUAAUUCUUCUAGUACAACUAUUAAGGCUCAACUUUCAAUGGUCAUUGGAGUUGGUCACUGAGAUCGAAGAGGCGACCCUCCCUUGAGGAAAGAUGGGGGGAAAACGAAGGGAAAGGGGAGAGCUUUGAAGGGGGUCCCUUCCGUUCAGAGUCAGUGACCAUUGAAGGCUGAGCUUUAAAACUAGUUCCCAUGAUCUUCAUCUUUUAGGUCCCGGAGGCGUCUUGAUUGGCGAUAGUCCAUCUUCCUCUUCCUCGCAGCGACUAAAGAAAGGCACUUCUUUCGUUUUUGCUACUACAUCUUCACCUGCUUGUUCACGUAGUAGUAGUAGUACAACUGCGGGUGACCGGGGACCGCGACUACUCCAAGUUGGCCAGAAAGACUUUUCCGUGCGUCGCGCUGAGAAUGCUACUCAUGCAUCCACCUCCGAAGUCGCAGAAGAACGGCUGGCUGAAAGCCUGCCUAUACGAAACAACAAUAGUGAUCGCGAAACGCCCCACAAUGUUCAAAGGAAUCGCGACAAUCCUGGAGAGCCUGACUCAGUAGACCAGCAAUCUUCAUCCAUAUCAUCUGCUCAUGACACCACUAGCUACAAAAAAGGACAUGAAAUGAAGAGUGAACUACAACCUCUCUACAACAACAAUGAGCAUCAUCCUAGUACUUCUACCAGCACUAGAAACAACAAUAAGGUCGUUAUUGAACAAAGUAGUAGUACAGCUUCUAGCGAUCCUGCUGCUACUGCUAGAAAGUCCACUACACAUCUAGUGGUGCUAGUACAUGGUUUGCAUGGGAAUCCUUACGAUUUACGGAUGACGAAAAACCAGAUAGUAGUGCAUUUUCCCGACGUUUAUUUCCUUUGUGCUGGCAGCAACGAGGACAACACGGAAGGAGACAUCUUAUGGAAGGCCUUUUGGGUUGUAGAAGAAUUGGAUUGUCUGGCAAUGAUCGUUUUCCCUCGGAUUUUUUCCUUACUGCCCAGUAUUAAGCUCACCUAGCUAGCAGAAUCUAAUAUGCGGCGAAAUGGGAAUCCGGCUUUUCGAAGAAAUUGAUGCUUUUGUAGAGGACAAUUGCCUUGGCCGUGUCCCGGAGCGCCUCAGUUUUGUUGGCCACUCCAUGGGCGGCCUGAUCGUAAGAAGUGCACUACCCUUGCUACGGCCAAAGUACGGAAAUUCGUUUUAUUCGUACAUCACGUUUUCGACCAUGCAUCUCGGACUAUCGUAUCACGAAAAUCGACUGGUGGAAGCGGGGGUGUGGGUACCACAACUAGAGCUAGGACUACAAUUCUCUCACAAAUAAUCUAAGUCUCGUGUACUACUGUGUACUUAUUUACAGCCUACAAAAGAUUGGUCUCAGACCUAAUGGAAAAGCAGCCCUGUUUGAUUUUCAAGUUGAACUAAAAGCUGGCAUGAUAACUAAUCAAUCCACUAUCGUUUUCCAAGAACUUACGGCGUCUUACGGCGUCACAAGCUGAAUAAGUGACGUGUUGUCGUGGACCGUGUCAGUCCGAAGAACUACAGGUCUUAAAGAAAUGGCGACAAAGUCGAGCUUUGCAGCAGCUCUCUAUGUCCGAUUAUUCAAACGACUUACGCGAGAGCUUCCUCUACAAGCUGUCUCUUCAACCAGGCUUGAACCUUUUCCGGCACGUCGUUUUUGUGUCCUCCUGGCAAGACCAAUACGCUCCCUUCGAUUCUGCAAGGUAUCAAUCUAUAGUCAUGCAGCAGCUUUAAUAGUCUUAGUCCUGUAACUCGGUCUCGGCUAAACCCUAUAUCAGAGUAGUUUAUAGCACGCAUGGCGCAUGGAGUAGCAUGGAGUGCAUGGAGCGCAGAGCUUUAAGGGGCGCAAGAAGCUCCCCCUUUAGCUCCAUGCUACUCCAUGUGAUCCAUGCACUCCGUGCCAUGCGAGCUGUGAAACCUUAUAAAUACGCAGACUGCGUAUAUUAUAAAUAAUAUCUUCACACCUAAUAUGUUAAACACCUUCCUGCCACAACCUAAAAAAAUCAGAGCCGAAGUUUCCGAAGAGACUCAGAAACGAGAUGACGCGUUUGCCCAAGUCAUUCACGAGAUGGCCUCGAACCUUUUGGGCCGUGUAGCGCCCGAACGACUAAUGCGCUUGAGCGUCAAUUUUCAUAUUAUGGCAAGUCAUUCCGAUUUUUUUCAUGUAAUUCGAAUUCCUUGAAUGUGAUGAACUUGAUGAUGUUGAUCAACAGGCUCGAUGAUGAGGUGGAAGAACAACUACAUCAAGCAAAAGUCGGGGGCGUACGACACAGAGUAUUCUUUUUAGACGAAAUACAGACAUGGAGGCGGACUCACCAAGACUCCAAGUUCUUUCAAAAAUUCCUCACUCUCUAACCACAUCAGCGAACAGAGCUUGGACACGAUAAUUGGAAGAGCAGCGCACAUCCAGUUUCUUGAGAACCAGACUUUGAUGAAAAUGAUCAUCGUAAAUUAUCCUUGGCUUUUUGACUGAUGAAUGAGCUAUGGUAGCCGCUUUUUAGUUCUAGAUUUCGGCUGAAAAUGAAAUGCAGACCAGCACCAGACCACUCGAAGAAGAUGUAAGAAAGUAUCUUUAAGUGGUAUUAGAUGAAUUUGGUGCGUUUUCGGCUUGUAGUACUAGAGUAGAACGAUGUGGUCUCUAGUGGGUGGACACACGACAUGUGAUCAGUAGAGGGACACACAUUAUGUUUAUGAGAAAGACCAAGGCCAUUUUUCAACAGUGGAGAUCAUUUCCGACGUGGCCUCCCGAAUAGCGUCCCCAAGUGUCUAAGCCCGUUUCGUAUUACUUAAGGGUAGGCUCUUGAAAGUGUUCCUGUUACCGUUUGUCUUGCCUUUCUCAAGGGGGAAAGGCAUAGCGAACGAGGUAAGCGCCCACCAAAACCCUACCUCUAAUAGAAGAUGUUGUGGUGCUCCUGAUCACGAGUCACAGUCUGCAGACUGGAACUCGACACUCUUGGUUACCUACUUCUUGAGAUUCUUAGUACAUGACUCAUCGGUUCAAUAUUGGACUAGAAGAAGUAGUCCAUUAUCAUUACCAUUUCCAUUCUCCCCUGCGUUACUAAAACUUAUGAAAAUCACUUGCUCCUGUCAAUGAUGGAGUCCAAAAAGGACAAUGGUCAAUGCGCUUGUAUAUGUUACCGACUCCUCGUUACCAGAAUUUAUUACCAAAAAUUUCCGAUGUUUUUCUGCCUAUUCAACAUGAAAUUAUAAAUGCUUAUGAUACAACAAGUCUUAAUCAUGAAAUGAAGUCCUUGUUUCAAACAAGGUACGGUGCGUAUGAAUAUUACUAUUGUGAACACGACUGCUCCAUGAACGACACAAGACAAUAGUUUUUUUCAUAGAGGCUAAACUGAAUGGCCCUAGCAUCAAUCAUGAGACGCGGGUCCCUUUCCUCGAUGUUGUACUGUUGUAUCAGAUUCAGUGCGCUCGCGACGCAGCAAAAUAGGGAAGUCGAAAGCCUUGCAAAUGUAAC